CCACAAGGAUCUACUCAUCCGAGCCCGGGGAUUUGGUUGCGGGGACGCGCAGGUGUCCGGAUAACCGCUUGAUUGACUGGUGCUUCCGUGACGUCAUAAAGGGGGCACCAGCGAGUUUUGCCAAAGAAACGCUUGUGGAUCCAUAGUGAAAGACUGGGACACGCAGAGCAAAUGCAGUCUAUAACAUCAGAUCAGCGCUAUAUCUACGGUGGCUCCCGGUGACACCAUGGCGGCUCCAGGGAAUGCAUGAGCAGCAUGACAGAUAACUGCAUGAAAAGCAUGGAGGGUUCAGGACAACCUGGAGCCAUAGACGUCUUUGCAGCCUCUCACAGGCAAUGCCCGACUGCCACUCUCUAAGCAAUGGCCUGGCAUAGCACAUCCCCAUUCAGAUAUGGCUUUGACCUGGGUGGACAUUACCAGGAUAUGCGUCCUCUGGGCACUGGAGGAUCAGGUUUGGUUCUCUCAGCUUUGGACAAGCGCAGCGGCUUGCGCGUGGCGGUAAAAAAGCUGGUAAUGCAGGAUGCAGUAAGCGUAAAGCACGCUCUUAGAGAGGUGAAGAUCACCCGGCGCCUUCAGCAUGAGAACGUGGUCAGGGUGUACGAUGUUUUGGGGCCGUCCGGAAACCCCUUGCAAUGUGACCUGUCUCGCAUGCCUGUGAUGUACAUCGUGCAAGAGUGCAUGGAAACCGAUCUGGCUCGGUUACUGGAGCAAGGGCCGUUGCCAGCAGAACACGCCACCCUGCUCUUUUAUCAGCUUCUUCGCGGGCUCAAGUUCAUCCAUUCGGCCAACGUGCUGCACCGUGACCUGAAACCAGCGAACAUCUUUAUCAACACUGAGCAACUGCUGCUUAAGAUCGGCGACUUUGGCCUUGCCCGCAUCGUCGACCCGCAUUACUCGCACAAGGGGUACCUGUCAGAGGGAAUGGUAACUAAAUGGUAUCGUUCACCACGACUGCUGCUCUCUCCAAACAACUACACAAAAGCUAUCGACAUGUGGGCCGCAGGCUGCAUUCUAGCUGAGAUGCUGUCAGGACGCAUGCUGUUUGCAGGGGCGCAUGAGCUGGAGCAGAUGCAGCUGAUUUUGGAUACUGUGCCUGUGAUCAGAGAAGAGGACCGACAGGAACUACUGAAGGUCAUGCCAUCUUUGGUCAGCCAUGGCUGGGAGGUCAGGAGGUCACUUCGGGAUCUGCUGUCAGAUGUGGAGGAGAAAGCCAUUCAUUUCCUGGAGUGCAUCCUCACCUUUAAUCCCAUGGACCGUCUGACAGCCGAAGCGGCUUUGUCUCAUCCAUACCUGAAGAGAUACUCCUGUCCUCAGGACGAGCCCAUCUCCCUGCAACCUUUUCGCAUAGAGGACGAAUUAGAGGACAGUACAGUAACUGAGCACAGUCAUGCGCUCAGCUCCCAGUGGGACAGGUAUGAUGGGAGUCUCUCAUCCGAGAUUUGCUGGCAGCGGCAGGAGCAGUGCGGAUGCAUGCAAAGCGUCUCUGAGCUCGGAGAGGCAGAAGAAGAAGUUCAAAGAGAUCCACGAGCAAGUUCUGCAGCCCUCCCAGAGGAAGCACAGGUAGAUCCUCGCAAAUACUCCCACAGCAGCUCGGCCGAGCGAUUCCUGGAGAACUCUCACUCGUCUCUUGACCGGGUCUGUGGUCAAUUCACGGAGCUGGAUUGCGGGCGCUCGUGCGACUACAAAGUGGGCUCUCCCUCCUAUCUGGAUAAGAUCACGUGGAGAGAGGGAAAACCGCAGCAUUACUCCGAACCUAAACUAAUAAUGGACCUGUCUAACUGGAGACGUCACAACAUGUCCACUACAAAGGGGAGCAGCAUGGAAAAGCUUGUUAAUGAACCAGGAGAUUUAUUCCAGGAGAUCUCACGUUGGGUGGAGAGCACUCAGUCGGGGCUUUACUCUCCUGGUUCUCCUCAUGAGCCGCUAACCCCACCGUGCUCCCCUCCUCAACCCCUGUCGCCUACAAUGCUGCCUCAUUUUCAAAUGCAAAUCCAAGCAGCUUCACUGCUGCCCACCCCUGAACAACUACAAACGGAAAUCAGAAGGAGCCCCAUGCCUUUCUUCUCCACUCCUCCAUCCCUGCUGCCUUCCUCCCCUUCCUCGCCUCAUCCCGAUUAUCCAUCUUCCUCCAUUUGUUGCGAAAAUGACGAAGAGCCUUCACAGAUGAGGACUUCAAGAGGGGAACAUUUUGACCUGGAUGUGUUUAUAUCUCAAGCUACAAGGCUGUGUGGUCAGAACGAAGUAUUGGAGGAGAACUUGGAUGCUUCCAAAGAUGGCCACAACAUUUCAGACCACAGACCUUCCAGAACACGAACUCCAACCCCUGAGAUGGUCGAUGCUCCAGGGUGUUAUAAAGAGCAUUGGUGGAAGAAUGCAUAGACGUUUGAAUGAUUGUGUAUCUUUGAGGCGGCAUAAAUGAAUGUAAUAACAAAAGAGGCAAAUUUUUAAAAACAUUUCUUAAAUGGCACUGAGAUUCUGUAUUGCAUCAGAAGUCUGCAUCAAAACCUUAUUUCUGAGGUACGGACCUCUAAAACGAGGAUCUUUUGAAAAAACAUCUUGAGAUUUCUGAUCAAAUGUAUUUGUUACUAAAAGCCUUUUAUGAAAUGAAAUCUUUGUGCAACACCAGAGAGAAGGCUUUGUUUGGUAAUCGUUUCAUUCAUUCACUGUUUUGUAAUAAAAUUUAUUCUAUUUAACACAAAUCAGUUUGAUUUUUCAAUGAAGAGGUUUAAUUAACAGAAAGAUGCUUGAGGUGUGAAAGAGGUAUUUUUUUGUGAAUAGCACAUCUGCAUAUUCAGGAGAUAAUUUCAGAUGAUUUUUAAUUGCAUAAUAAACCCAAAGCUGUGUCCCAAAUGGUAUUAUACACCAGCGGUUCUUAACUCAUUCCCCGCCAGCAUUUUUUGUAAUUUUCACAAAAUGCCUCCCAGGAAAAUUUUCUUAAACAUAUAUAAACAUACAAAUACGUUUCAUCCUAUCUAUACUUUUUCUCUGCUUAUAAAGUCUUAAAUAUGGGUACUUUUCUUUAAAAAAAUGUUUUAAGUAAUUGCAUUUUUGUGAAGGAAUUUUUGUCAAAGAUCAGAUUCUGAACGAUUAUCAAAACAUACACAGAGUUUAAAAUUAGUAAAUAAUUUUUUGCUUCAGUUUUUUAUAAAUUGGGUAAGUGCGCCAUCUAGUGGAUAAUAUUACACGGGAUUACAAAUGAACAUAAAACCUCAUCAGAGACCUGUUUUUUUUCAUGCAAAAGUUUUCUCUUAAUUGACGAGAUAACUCGUCAAUGGCGGAGAAUGAGUUAAACUGGGAGGGGAGUGUGAGAUGGUCCCAGACAUUUUAUAAAAUACAAUAAUUUAUUAUUUACAUUCUGUGUAAUUAAACCUUAGAAAAAUAUGGCUACUUACCAAAAGCAUCAAGUUUUAUCAUAAAGGGGCAAUUUCACAA